AUGGGCAGGUGAGUCUCAUUACUUCUUUCGCCGUGCUGCUCUGCCUUGCAAAGUGAUAACUGUUUUCCUUGUCCGUUCUUUUGCUGCCUUUGUACACUACACACUUUUACGCAGGACUGACUUUCUUAUUCCCCCAUCCGGUUUUUUAAACAUUCCGAGCUCGUGGUAAUCCACCUUGUAGGCUUCGAACACCGCAUUAAAUGUCAGAUUUGACACUGCAUUUUAAUCCCACACUAAGCGUGAACUGGGAGCAUCUGUUCACUGUUAGCAACAGUCAUGUCUGGUAAAGCCGCUACUUCCAUAAUUGCAAAGCUCCCAGCAAUAACUGUGAACCGGAUUUAUUUGUGUGUAUUUAACUCUCCCUUUCAGCACAGCAGCCGAAUAACCUGAUUGACCUGUAUUGUUCAUUCCAUCUCUUUGCUCUUAGUCAUAUUGACGGCAGGUGUCCUUCGACGUAUAGUUAGUUACUAUGUUGCCUUCCAGUUUAGAUAUGUCCUUGAGGGACAUCAAAGUAGACUCCGCCCUGUUCAGUGAUAGCGAGUUCACAGCUUCCCUUCAGUCACACAGAAAUCUUGAACUCGCAGUCUCAUAAUCUACAAGGCUUUUUGCUCGUGUUAAUUAUGUAUUGUUUUCCAUCCAUUGCCCUGAGCAGGAAAAUAUUUCAGGCUGCCAGGUUCGGACGGUGUGUUGGCUCCUGAGCUGAAGUUGAAGACAUUUGUUCUUCACUUUUUGCAAACCGUGGAGCUAAUUUUCAUGCAUGAGAAAAUCUAUCUAAAAGAUUCCAGCAUGAAGUGUCUAGUAAAUUUAAAUAAGGGCGAGGACCAUUGAUGCGCCAUCUGACGUAAUCGGAAGAGCUGACGGCUCACCGUUCAUGGUGGAAAUGGAACAAGUUACGUUUUAUUGGCCGUAACUGGCAGGUGUGAGAUAAAUGACGCCAAACAGAUAACCGACAGCUUGGGCCUUCCAGUUUUAUUUUGACUAUGUUUACGAACUAAAUAUUUUAUUUUCACUUGAGCAGGCCGGUUUUUUCCUCUUUUGCAUGUCCAUCUUUUAUCGGGUGCAAAGUGGUAAUGCUUUGUUUUUCCCUUUCUACACAGUCCUUUCAUCGAACAUUGUCGCCAUGGUGUUCUGCAAUACACGGUUAUACGACCGAUAACAACUAUUAUUGCGCUGUAAGUUUCCGUUCAAUGUACUCGAUUUACUUCUGAUCGUUGUCUCCCAGUUUGAGUAAGUUUCGGAUUUUAGAAGCUUGCUCGAGGAAGGUUUACCGGUGUUUUCAGUACAAAAUGAACUUUUUGACAACGUCCAGCCUGUCCUUGUACGAUCAAACUUUUAACUCCAAACGAGACCUUCAAAUCUGCCUUUACAUACACCCAUCUCCUGUUCCCGCGAUCCCGCUAGCCCAAUUGUGUUGUCAGUGUUUUGACGAUUUGAGACCCCAAGCGUGUCUUAUUCACUUUCGCCCAGUCAUCUUUAGUUUUUCACUAUAACCGAUGGCAUUUCAUGAGGCGGCUUCAAAAACGUUUGAGAUGUUUGACAGUACUCUCUAUUGUACUUUGUUUACUAGUGUGCUCUUCUAUAACUGAAACACCGCCACUUUUUCACAUAGAGCAGCCUCGAAAACGUCACCAUUACCAUACAUGGUUACUCUGGAGGCUUUUAACUAUCUCAUACAAAUUCGUAAUUUACAAUCCAAUCGGUAGUGUGUAACCAUCUUUGCCUAUCACUGUGUGGAUUUACUGCCCUUCAUUUUCUGUCUAUUUAGGAUAUGCGAGGUCUGCGGAGUUUAUGGCGAGACCAACUUCAGUUAUAGAUAUGCCUACGUUUAUCUGACUGUAGUAAACAAUAUAUCGCAAGUGGUAAGAAAAAUCCGCCCCAUGUCUGCCAUAUUUGAGUGCACUCAUCCUGAAUCACGAAAGAAAGUCGCUUUGCAUUACUGCAUCAACUUUGAUACUGUCAUAAUUUUUUUCCGAAUUUCAGUGGGCUUUGUACUGUCUCGUGUUAUUCUACCAGUGCAUGAAGGCCGAACUCAAACCGAUGAAGCCAGUUUCGAAGUUUAUUUGUGUUAAAUUUGUUGUGUUCAUGUCUUUUUGGUAAGUACUCCUAUUUAUUUUCCUCCAUUCUAAAAAGAUGUAGAAGACGGUUAUCCUUUCGGUCGUACUCGCCGUUGUUUCGUAUUGCCCAGUUUUUUUUUCACUAACUCGUCCAAUAUAAUCGAGUUCGGGUACAUUCAAACGUAACUAGCUCCCAAAGGUUAGCAACAACGUUAAUAGCACCUAAAAUACUCGCCCAGCCUCGGAAAUUGUUUGCAGGCCUUUAGCCAACAUUUUCAGGUGAAUCACAUGCAACGAGGUCGACGUCCACUGGCAAGGAAUCUCACAGUGCUUAAAUGUGGUUGCUUCGUGUUCUGGUUUCUGCGGUGCUUUUUAAUGCUUUUGUUCUCUAAAUUUUACCUCUGAGGGGCUGGGCUACGUCAGUUUAUUAGUGAGUUAACCUGAAAUCUAAAAAAGCGCCCGUAGUUUCUUCUUCGAACUCAACAGAGCGCAUCACACCCUAAUUUAAUCAGUUUGACCUACUUAAAGACCAAACAAGGUGCAUACACACAAAUGCACCCUCUCUCGCGGCACGUGGACGCUACUCACGCAUAGACUCUAGAAAUUGUGCGUGUCUUCAGGAAUUAGUGCGAGCUUCGAUUAGGAAACUUUAGUCUUUGGGACACUGCAGUAGGUUUCUCGAAAAAAUCGCGGAAAAUAUCUUUCACCUCUACUUUUAAAUUGAUUUGAAUGAAAACCUAUUGUGGUGUCGACGACUGUUUUUUUUUACAGGCAGUCAGUUUUGAUUUCCAUCCUUGCGGCGUCUGGUUUAAUUGAAAAGGUUGAGGCGUGGAAGCUGUAUGAUGUCAAGUCGAUUGGGAUCGCUCUGCAAGUAAGUCAUAUUAUCCUCGAAUUUUUACACCUUGGUUCUUGAAUUUUUAUCAAAGGGUUUCUAAGGCACUGCCUGCCACACCCACACGUGGUGAACCUAAGGUACACAGGAGAGGCUUUCAAGAUGGACCACAGGCGUUCCAUUUACCUUGAUUCCCCGAUCUAGAAUCCUCCCAGAUUGUAGCAUUGUGAUGAACAAUCAAUAAUCCAAGAGUAUUAUCAUCAAACAAGACUGAAGUGGCAAUUUACGACCCAAAGUGCACGUCUGCGGCUGUCUGUUCGAUCGUUUUUGCUUUAGGAUCCCCUAAGGCUGACAUAUUAGUCCCAAAGUUACAUGUACUUUGACUGCGAGCCCUCCCUUUGUAAUUUUUUUAGAAUUUUGCGAUCUGCAUCGAAAUGUUCAUCGCAGCGGUUGCUCACCACUUCGCCUUCAGCGUGGCCCCGUAUCGUGACACCAGCAUCCCGCGUAGCUCCUGUUGUACGUCUUGGUGGUCAAUGCUCGACGUGUCGGACGUAAAGCGUGACGUAGUGCAACACGUCCGUCAUGUAGGCAAGUGCCCUUCUACUGUCUUUCCCACUGGCUUCCAUUGCUAAGGUCUAACUGCAUUUUUUCACAUUUCAGUUCUUUGGGAAGUCAUUAUACACGCUAGAGUCGUCUUCCUGCUUAGAUGGACGUAUUAAGUAACGGAAGUUUUCUAUGGAGAUUUUGCUCCAUGUUAGAAAUAGUGCUUAUGUAGUUUGAUUCAUUCCCCAGCAGCACUGUUUUCUAGAUCUGCCAGUGGAAGCCGUGCAGGGGUUGUUUGUUAGAAAAAAAGCAGCAAAACUCCCUCAGCAGAUCCAGUACUUCUAAGUCGUUUUUACGUACAGGAGUAACUAAUGACUUAUCCUCAGCGUUCUGACGGUGCUGUAGAACGAUGUAGUCUACUAUUUUCUCUGUCAUGCUAGUGCACAACUGAUUGGUGCUUUGUGUUUGUAGGCAGCAGCGUUGGCUUUAUCGGUUCUGACGGCAGAUUCUCCGGUCCCCCUCGUACCGCGAUAGUUCCCGGUCUUUCGAAAUCGCGGGCAAUGACGGCCCGCGCAGGCGACGAAUUCAGCCCCCUAAUGCCGCUCACUGCUCCAACUCCAUCCCACCGAAAACGGUUUAAGAAACGGCGUCAGGAACGACAACGGCGACGUUCCUCUGACUGCCUUUUACCAGAUACCCCUGGACCCAGCAGCGAUAGUGAUUAUGUUGGUUCUGACGAGGAUUUCCACGCCAUCGACACCACGGCCGUUUCUGGACGACCUGCCCUGCUGCCAAUAUCCCAGUCUCUCAGUGACUUUCCCGGGACCGUUUCAAGUCAUGAGGGCGUGUAG